ACGCAGCCUUCAGUGCAGUCGUCACUCGCGUCUGGCUACCAGCUCCCCGCUGCCCUGCGCUCGGCGGGUUGGCAUCGGGCCCGGGGAAAGCGGAGCAGUUCGGUGUGGAACUGUUUGCGGCGAGGAGAAAGGAAGGAGAGGAGAAAACUGCACUGGAUCACGGAGGUCUUCCCACAGGCCUGCAGUAGGGCUGUUUACCAUUGGAAGCAAGGGAAAGAGGAGGAGACCAAUCUAGAAGGAUGGAGAUCUGCCUGCAUGUCUGCUACAGGGCGUAAGAUCACUGGAAGCAAAGAAACAAAGAGGAGAUUGCUCCUGAUCAGUAUAGACUGGGUGUAUUGCCAAGAUAAGCAAGAGGAGAGGAGGGAACUGCCUCAGAUCAUUACAGGUCCACCUCCAGUGGCAGCUGUAGUGGCCUUUGAGUGGCUGAAGACCAGCACCCUCACAGGCCUACACCCACAACUACCACUCUCUUUACCCCAGCCCAAGUGCGCUCUACCAUACCUUGUUCGUGCUUUCAGCAGGGGUGAUUACAUGGGCCGCACUCAGGAAGUGGGCUGGGUGACUGCAGGACUGGUGAUCUGGGCUGGCACCUGCUACUACAUUUACAAAUUUACCAAGGGAAGAGCCCAGAGUGUGAGGACACUUGCCAGAAAUGGAUCCACAGUUAAGAUGGAGACUGUUGUUGGGGUACAGAGCCAGACCUUGGCCAUAAGUGAAGCAGAGAUUAAGACUAAACCCCAGGCUGAGACUGGAGCAGAAACUGGAACAAGAGGUGGGCCUGGGGCUGAAGUAGAGACCAAGGCCACUGCUAUAGCCAGACACAGAGCCAACUCUCAGGCCAAAACAAUGGUUGAGGCAGAGGCAGAGACUCAAUCUGAGUCCAAAGUGGUGGCUGGAACACUGGUCAUGACAGAGGCAGUGACUCUGACUGAGGUCAAGGCCAAAGCCAGGGAAGUGGCCAUGAAGGAAGCAGUGACCCAAACUGAUGCUGAGGCUGGCAAAAUAGUUAAGAAAGAAGCAGUGACGCAGACCAAGGCUAAAGCUUGGGCACUGGUUGCCAAGACAGAGGCCAAGAGAGAAGCAAUGACCCAGACCAAAGCUGAAACUCAUAUAUUGGCUGAAAAAGAGACAGAGAUUAACAGAGUAAUGGUUACACAGAGUGAGACCUUGGCAGUACCCAGUGAAGUGGUCAAGAUGGGGGCCACGAACAAGACUGGAAUUGUGGAUGAAACCAAGACAAGAGCUCUGGAAGAGACUGUGAGUGUGGCUAAGACUCAGUCUGAGGCCAGGCCUGGUGCCACAGUUGAUGCUAGGGGAAAUCCCAAUGGCAUGUCCAGGGAGGUGGCUGGAGUGGACAUGAAGUCCUGUGCACAGUCUCAGGCUGUCACCAAGAUCAAGGGUGAUGACAUGCCUGGUGCUGGGAUUGAGGACAUGGGGAAUUGCAAAACCAUGUCUAGGGCAGAAUCUGGGGCAGACAUGAGGGCUUCUGCUCAGCCUCAAAUUGUUGCCAAAACCCAGACUGAGGCCAUUCCUGCGGCAAAGGUUGAUGCCGGGAGUAACACCAAUGCCAUGUGUAAGGUGGGGGCAGGGGCAGAUGUGAGAGCUUGUGUACAACCUCAGACUGUGGUCAAGAAGCAGGAUGAGGUGACUUCUUGUGCCAGGGUUGAUGGUAGGGGAAAUACCAAUGUCAUAUCUAAGGCGAUAACUGGAGCUGACAUGAGAGCUGCUGCUCAGCCUCAAGCUGUUGCAAGCGCUCACGCUGAGGCCAUGUCUGAUGCCAAGGUUAAGGACAGAGGCAAUCCCAAUGCCAUGACUAAAGCAGGGGCCAGGGCAAACCUGAGGGCCAACUCCCAGGUUGAGACCUUGCCUGAUGCCAGGGAUAAGAGCAGAGGCAAUCCCAAUGUUAUCGCUAAGGUGGGGGAUGGAACAGACAUGUUGUCCUGUACACAGCCUCAGCUUGUGGCCAGUGUUCAGGCUAAUGCCUUGUCUGAUGGCAGAAUUAAGGUCAAGGGCAAUGUCAAUACCAUGCCUAAGGAAGGAGCUGGGGUGGAUAUGAAGGCUCAAGGUAUGGCCCAGAGCCAGGGUGAAGCCUUACCUAAUACUAGAGGUAAGGCUAGGGGCAAAGCCAAAGCCAAGUGUAAGACAGGGUCUGGGAUGGACAUGAAAACCUGUACACAACCUCAGACUGGGGUUAAGACCCCAGCUGAGGCCUUGCUUGAUUCCAGGGUUGAUGGUAGGGGCAAUCCUAAUGCUACUUCUAAAGCCGGGACUAAGGCAGACCAGAGGGCCUGUGGUCAGCCCCUGGUUGUGGCCAAUCCCCAGGGUGAGGCCUUGCUUGGUGCCAAGAAUAAAGUCAAGGGCAAUCCCCAUGCUGUGCUUAAGGUGGGGGCUGGAGAAGGUACAGCAGAUUCUGCCCAGCCUCAGGCAGUGGUCAGUUUCCAGGGUGAGGCCUUGCUUGGUACCAAGAAUAAAGUUAAGGGUAAUCCCAAUGUUGUGCUUAAGGCAGAAGUUGGAGCAGGUGCAAUGGGCACUGCCCAGCUUCAGAUUGAGGCCAGUUCCAAGGGUGAGGCCUUGCUUGAUUCUAAGAAUAAGGUCAAGGGUAAUUCCAAUGCUGUGUCUAAGGCAAGGGCUGGGACAGAUACAACAGGCUCUGUCCAGCCCCAGAUUGUGGCCAAUUCCCAGGGUGAGGUCUUGCCUGGUGCCAAGAAUAAGGUCAGAGGCAAUUCCACUACUGUGCCUAAUUCAGGGGUUGGGCCGUAUACAACAGACUCUGCCCAGCCCCAGGCUGUGGCCAAUUCUCAGGGUGAGGUCUUGCCUGGUGCCAAAAAUAAGGUCAAGGCCAAUCUUAAUGCUCUGUCUAAGGCAGAAGCUGGGAUGGGUGCAACAGGCUCUGUUCAGUCCCAGGCUGUGGCUAAUGCCCAUUGUGAGACCUUGCCUGGUGCCAAGAAUAAGGUCAAGGGAAAUUGGAAUGCUGUGUCUAAGGCAGGGGCUGGGAUGGAUACGAGGGGCUCUGCCCAGACCCAGGCUGUAGCCAAUUCUCAGGGUGAAGUCUUGCCUGGUGCCAGGAAUAAGGUCAAGGGCAAUCCCAAUGUUGUGUCUAAGGCAGGGGCCAGAGAAGAUACAAUGGGCUCUGCCCAGCCUCAGGUUGUGGCUAACUCCCAGCGUGAGACCUUGCCUGGUGCCAGGAAUAAGGUCAAGGGCAAUUCCAAUGUUGUGUCUAAGGCAGGGGCCAGAGAAGAUACAAUGGGCUCUGCCCAGCCUCAGGUUGUGGCCAACUCCCAGCGUGAGACCUUGCCUGGUGCCAGGAAUAAGGCCAAGGGCAAUUCCAAUGCUAUUUCAAAGGCAGAGGCUGGGGCAGGCAUAAUGGGCUCUGUCCAGGUACAGGUUGUGGCCAGUUCUCAGGGUGAGGUCUUGCCUGGGGCCAAAAAUAAGGUCAGGGGCAAUUCCAAUGCUGUGCCUAAGGCAGAGGCUGGGGCAGAUACAGUGGGCUCUGCCCAGCCCCAAGCUGUCGCUAAUUCCCAGAGUGAGACCUUGCUUGGUGCCAGGAAUAAGGUCAAGGGCAGUACCAAUACUGUGCCUAAAGCAGGGACUGGGGCAGGCACAAGGCACUCUGCCCAGCCUCAGAUUGUGGCCGGUUCCCAGGGUGAGACCUUGCCUGGGGCAAGGGACAAGGCUAUGCCCAGUUCUGAGGCAGAAACCACAGCAGAAGAUGAGGUCUAUGCAAAGCCUGAGGCUGAGGCCAUGCCCAUUUCUGAGAGUGAGGGUGGGUCAGGCACUCAAGCCUGCAGAAAGACUCAGCCUAACAUCCAUGACUACUACUGGAAUGGGAUUGGUGUUGAAGAUUGGAUUGCUGCUGAGCGGUGGAUCAAAUUUAGAUUUCAGACCAUGGAUGGAGACUGGGAAAAUAGCGUGUCCUGGGCUGAUGAUGAGAAUGAAGCCAGUAUUGGGUCCUGGAGUGGGGUUAGUGAUAAGGCUGGGAUUAUUAGGUCUUGGGCUGUGGCUUGUGAUGAGGCCAGUGUUAAGUCCUGGGCUGGGGCCAGGGCUGAGAAUGAGGUUGGUAUUGGGACUUGGGCUAGAGCUGGGGAGCAGGCCAGUGGAGGGCUCUGGGCUGGGGGUCAGACUAGUGAGGGGACCUGGGCUGGGGACAAGGCCAGUGGAGGGGCCUGGACUGGGGCUGAGAACCAGGCCAGUGGGGGGUCUUGGGUACUCGCUGGGAGUCAGGCCAUUGGAGAGCUUUGGGCUGCGGGUCAGGCCAGUAAUGGGUCCUGGCCUGGGGGACAGGCCAGUGGGGUGUCCUGGGUUGGGGAAGAGGCUAUUGGAGGGUCCUGGACUGGGGCUGAGAACCAAGCCAGUGGAGGGUCUUGGGCUGGAGCUGGGGCUGGGAAUAUGAGUAGUGUUUCAUACUGGGCUGGUGUCGUGGAUCAGGCCAGUGGAGGGUCCUGGGCUGGGACUAGUGAUCAAUCUGGUGGUGGGUCCAAGCCUAGAUUUGAGGAUCAAGCCAGUGGAGAAGGGUCCUGGGCUGGGGCUGGUGACCAGGCUAGUGGAGGGUCAAGGUUGGGGCCUGAGGACCAGUCCAGUGGAAGGUCUUGGGCUGACACUGCAGACCAAGCCAGUGGAGGGUCUAGGCUGGGCCAUGUAGAUCAGUCCAGUGGUGGGUCCUGGGCUGGGACACUUGAUCAAUCUGGUGGUGGGUCCAAGCCCAGAUUUGAAAAUCAGACCACUGAAGAAGGGUCUUGGGCUGGGGCUGGUGGCCAGGCUGGUGGAGGGUCCAAGGUGGGGUCUGAAGACCAGUCCAGUGGAAGGUCAUGGGCUAACUCUGGGGACCAAAUCAGUGGAGGAUUCUUAGUUGGGGUUGUGGACCAGGCCAAUGGAGGAUCCUGGACUGGGGCUGGGCAUCCAGCUAGUGGUGGGCCAAAGCCUAUAUUUGAGGAUCAGGCCAGUGGCAGAGGGUCCUGGGCUGAUGCUGGGGACCAGGUUGUUGGAGAUUCUAGGCUGGGGCUUAGGGACCAGUCUAGUGGAGAUUCCUGGGCUGGCACUGGGGACCAGGCCAGUGGAUGGUUCUGUGUUUGCCCUGGGAGUCAGACGAAUGGAGGGUCUUGGGGUGGGGCUAGUGGCCAGGAUGUUGGAGGGUCUAGGCCAGGGCCCACGAACCAGUCCAGUGCUGGGUCCUGGGAUAGCCCUGGGAGUCAGGUCAGUGGAAGCUCCUGGACUGGGGCUGGGGCUGUGGAUCAGGUUGGUGGUUGUUCCAAACCUGGAUUUGAGGAUCAGGCCAUUGGAGGGGGGUUCUGGCCUGGAGCUGGGGACCAGACUGGUGGAGGCUCCAGGCCAGGGUCUGAGGAUCAGUCCAGUGGAAUAGGUUCCUGGGGUGUGGCUGGUGGCCAGGUCCUUGGAGGAGCUAGGCCUGCAGACCAGUCCAGUGGUGGGCCCUGGGCUGGCACUGGGAAUCAGGUCAGUGGAAGGUCCUGGAUUGGGCCUGGGAAUCAGGCUGGUGACUGUUCCAAGCCUGAAUUUGAGGAUCAGGCUUGUGGAGGAGGCUCCUGGGCUGGUGCUGGGAGCCAAGCCAGUGGAGAAUCCUGGGCUGGAUCUACGCCUGGGAAUGAGGCCAUUGGAGGGUCUAGGAUGGGAUCUGAGGACCAGGCCACUGGAGGAUCCUGGGCUAGAUCUGAGGACCAGGCCAGUGGAAGGUUCCAGGUCAGUGUUGAGGUGGAGGCCAACGAAGGAUUCUGGUUUGGGCCUGGGGCUGAGGCCGUUAUAGGGUCUUGGUGCUGGACAGAGGCGAAAGCUGAUAUUGUGUCCAAGCCUGAUGAUAAUAAUGAGGCCACUACUACAUCCAGAUCGGAGGCUGGGGAAUUGGCCAUCAUUUGUUCUAGGACUGAGGCUGAGAACAAGGCUAGUAGUGGCUCCUGGAUUAGAUCUGAGGAGGUGGCUUAUAUGGGAUCCUGUGUAGGGGCUGAGGCUGGGGCUGAGGCUGAGGCUGGGGCUGAGGCUAUGGCUGAGGCUGAGGCUGAGGCUGGGGCUGAGGCUGGGGCUCGGGCUGGGGCUGAAGCUGGGGCUGAGGCUGGGGCUGGGGCUGGGGCUGGGGCUGAGGCUGGGGCUGAGGCUGGGGCUGGGGUUUGGUCCUGGGAUGGAGAUGCAACCACUGUAGAGUCUAGGCUUGGGGCUGGGGAAGAGGCUGGUGUAGAGUCCUGGACCUUGGCUAGGGAUGUGGGAGAGGAUGAGCUAAGUAGAGAGUCCAGCCCCGAUAUUGAGGAGAUCAGUUUAAGGUCUUUGUUUUGGGCUGAGAGUGAGAACAGUAAUACGUUCAGAUCUAAGAGUGGGAAAGAUGUCAAUUUUGAUUCUGGAGCUGGGGAUAACACCAGCAUCAAGGAUAAGUUUGAGGCUGCUGGUGGAGUUGAUAUAGGGUCUUGGUUCUGUGAUGGUAAUGAAAAUACAAAUGAGGACAAAUCUGCAUCUAAGGCUAAAGCCAAAAAGUCAUCUGAGUCAAGAGGUACAUAUCCGUCCAUGGUCCCUGGGGCAGGAAUGGGGUCAUGGGAUGGAGCCAUGAUCUGGUCAGAAACUAAGUUUCCACACCAAAGUGAGGCCAGUUUCCCAGUUGAAGAUGAGUCCAGAAAACAAACCAGGACUGGGGAAAAACCUCGGCCCUGGUCUUGCCGCUGUAAACGCGAAGCUAAUAUGGAUCCACGAGAUCUUGAAAAACUCAUUUGCAUGAUUGAGAUGACUGAAGAUCCUUCUGUUCAUGAAAUAGCCAAUAAUGCUUUAUAUAACAGUGCUGAUUAUCCUUAUUCUCACGAAGCUGUUCGUAAUGUAGGUGGAAUUUCAGUUAUUGAAAGCUUGCUCAAUAAUCCCUACCCCAGUGUUAGGCAGAAGGCUUUAAAUGCACUGAAUAAUAUCUCAGUGGCUGCUGAAAACCAUAGGAAGGUUAAAACUUACUUAAACCAAGUAUGUGAAGACACCGUCACCUAUCCCUUGAAUUCAAAUGUGCAGUUAGCUGGACUAAGAUUGAUAAGGCAUCUGACUAUUACCAGUGAAUAUCAGCAUAUGGUUACAAAUUAUAUUUCAGAAUUUCUUCGUUUGUUAACGGUGGGAAGUGGAGAAACUAAAGAUCAUGUUUUGGGAAUGCUUUUGAAUUUCUCUAAAAAUCCAUCUAUGACAAAAGACUUGCUCAUUGCCAAUGCACCGACAUCACUGAUUAACAUUUUUAGCAAGAAAGAGACAAAGGAGAAUAUUCUUAAUGCUCUUUCACUAUUUGAAAAUAUAAAUUACCAUUUUAAAAGAAGAGCAAAAGCAUUUACCCAGGACAAAUUCAGUAAAAAUUCCCUUUAUUUCCUAUUCCAACGACCUAAAGCAUGUGCCAAGAAACUUCGAGCUUUAGCAGCAGAAUGCAAUGACCCUGAGGUGAAAGAGAGAGUUGAGCUAUUAAUAAGUAAACUCUGAUUUGCUGUAUGUUCCCAAACAAAUUUGAGUAACAUUUUGGUUUUGCACUCUGGAAGUAACGCACAUUGUAAAUUGCAUUAUAACUUCGAAACUGAUGUUACCUAUGAUGGUCUAUAGCCAGACCAUUUUAUGAACACCAAAUGAAUUCAAGCUUGUACUAAAAAUACAUGUGUUGAUUUUUAUCUUGUCUGGAUUGAGAUAUUUUUAGUAUGCUUCAUGAGCAGAAACUGAACGGAUUCUUCAUAAGUAAGGUAAUCUUUGGUCCUUUGUGUGGACUUAUGUUUAUACAUUUAAGACUUUAUUUUUAUGUCAUCAAUAAAGUUGUGUGUUUUAAGCAGCAGAAAAAAGUCA